UUUAGUCAGGGUUUCCGGAUGUCACCGUCGGCGUCAACACAAUAAUGGCUGCUAUGUUUACGUGCUGUCUUAACUGCUGCGGCGAUGGAGGGUCGGGGCAUAUUCCUCUAAAAGAAAUGCCCACCGUCCAGUUAGACACACACCACAUGGGCACAGAUGUUGUGAUUGUCAAGAGUGGACGGAGGAUAUGUGGCACAGGUGGCUGCCUUGCUAACGCACCAUUGCAUCAGAACAAGAGCUAUUUUGAGUUCAAGAUACAGUCUACCGGUGUGUGGGGGAUAGGUGUUGCCACCCAGAAAGUCAAUCUUAAUCAAGUGCCAUUGGGCAGAGACACAAACAGCCUAGUUCUCAGGCAUGAUGGAUCUGUGUAUCACAAUAAUGAAGAGAAGAACCGUCUACCUGCGAAUAGCCUUCCUCAGGAGGGUGACAUUGUGGGCAUCACCUAUGAUCACGUGGAGUUGAACUUGUAUCUGAAUGGGAAGAACAUGCAUUGUCCUGCUUCCGGUAUCCGAGGCACAGUGUAUCCUGUUGUUUAUGUGGAUGACAGUGCCAUCUUGGACUGCCAGUUUAGCGACUUCUACCACACACUUCCCCAUGGCUUUGAGAAAAUCCUCUUUGAACAACAGAUCUUCUAGGCAGCGUCCACCUCAAGCUGCACUGACCCCCUCCCUCCAACAUCCACAAAUGUAUCCAACACAGCAGUUUAUCACAUAGCACCCUCUUAGCAUUGAGUAGACCACGUUUUAAUUUCUGUCAUAAACAAACCCUGAAGUUUUUAUGUUGAUUAUGGGAUCCGUGUUGCAGCUAAUCUCAGAAUUCUCCGUUGAGCUAACCUGCCCUUUCCAGAAGGGUUUUGAAAUGUUGUCAUUUUUUAGUUAAACGCAUUGAGGGUGUAUUUAUUGUUGUUGGUUGGCCUUGCUGGACAAUUAGUUUCAUUUUACGGAGAAUGAAAACUCAUGGUGUUUUACUUAUCAUUGUGUCUUCUUAAAAAUCCUCAUCAACAUAAACACUAAUUAUUGGUUAGACUAUCUGCCGUCAUUUUGUUUAAUCCGUAUUUUUGUUUUUAUGAUUGCCACAAAAGUGCUUUGACGUUGCUCACUGACUAACUGCCACCAAUGUUGUAAAUGGCAGAAAGUUAUGUUUAGGGUAAUUGCUACAUAUGUACGCUAUCAUGUGAUGUAAUAUCACCAGGACAGUAUGUAUUUAUUUGAGUGUAAUAUUUCGUUACUCUCCUGGACUAGGCUUUUUCAGUGAAGGCUAACCACCCUAGUCAUUGACCAUUUGAUUAUCUACACAUUUAGCUACUGUCAAAUUGUGACGGAUUCAAAAUAUGUUAAACCCUAAACAGAAAUUGGUCAUUCUGCAUAACUGCAUCCAGGAGUGUAUUCACAUUCCAGGGAUGGUUAAUAUGCAAGUAACAAUGUUUCAACAAGUAGAGAAAUAAAGAAAAUAGAUUUCCAAAGUGAAACAUUGCUUUAACUUAGACUAUGUGGAAGUUAGCAUCUAAAUGUUACUUUGGAAUACCUUAUCGUUAUGGUCUAUUAUUGGUACAACAUUAGUAUAUGUGUAAGUUGCGAUCAUGGUGCCUAUCCUGCUGUCAGUUUAAUUAUGUCUGCAUUGCAUAUCCGUUUGUUAAAGUAUUUAUUGUUUUAAAGGCUUGUCUUUGUUGCACUAAUAGCGUGAUUGUACAAACUAUCGAUCCAAAUAUUGUCGAUUCAUUAAACGAUGUCUCUG